UCCCACGUGGCCUACGGAUUCAAACGUUUCCUUCCUAUGGUCGUGACGACGAAGAAUUUUGUACAAAAUGGGAGGAGGUUAGUACCAAAAGUUCCCUGAUGUAUAUGCAACUGAUCAUUGAGUUGAAUACUAGAAGUCUCUCUGAAAUCUCAUUACAAAUUGACUCUACCACGAAAGCUAUCUAUGAUGUAUUGACUCCAUCGGAUCUAGAAACCUAUAAAAAGGAAAUGGAUGAUAUGCAGGAUUCAUGGGAAAAACAAAUCCAAGUACAGAAAUGUAAAAAAUUUCUGAGGGAUCAGACUGACUAUGAAAAUCAAAGGGUUUAUAGAUGGAAAUACAUAACUAAAACCACACGUAAUAGAUCCUACUCUAUGUCUUCUACAAAUUCAUAUGGAGGUGAAUCUGAUUCAUCAGCCUCUGGUAUCCAGAGAUUUGUCUCUCAAUCGCAGAAAAGAAAGAAGGACCAACAUGGAGGAUCUGAUAGACGUAGACGGUUUCAAAAUACAAGUCAAGCAGAAACAUCUAAAUCUGUUCUUAAGCAUUAAUACAUUUGAUACUAUAAAGGACCUACAUCUUUUUGCGAGAAAACUUAUUUUUAAGAAAAUGUUUCAUUCCCAAUCAUCAUCUGCUGUUUGCUCUACAAGAGAAGAUCUUCAUACCUUACAGAUGCUGGAGGAGCUGGCUGCGGAAAGUAACAUCUCUAAUGACAAGAAAUGGUUUCCAUCCACCCUGACUCCAAGAUCAUGUAAGUUUCCCCCUCUUUCAUUUUGUUCAAACAUCGAUCUAUUUGUCCAGCUAGUCUCUAGAGAUAUUGAAAAGUUAAAACCCACCACUGAAGUAAAAAAUUGUACUGUGGCCCAAAAUAGAGCCAUUCAGGAGCUGAAACAAAUGAAAGAUGUAUUGUUUAAGCCCUCUGACAAAGGGGGAAACGUUGUGGUUUGGCCCUCCACUCUUUAUGAAAAAGAGGCACUUAGGCAGUUAAGGGACCAAAACUGCUAUAAAAAACUUACAUUUAACCCUACUCUGAAAUUUCAGGCUGAACUCAAGGAUAUUUUGCUCAAUGCUCAAGAAAAAGGAAUCAUUUCCCCUAAGGAGGUUGAUUAUUUAUUGGUGAAGGAUCCCACAGUAGCAACGUUUUAUCUACUUCCGAAGAUACAUAAGCACCCCAGUGUCCCCCCUGGGCGGCCAAUAGUUUCAGGUUGUAAUAACAUUUGUGAGAAGAUCUGUAAACUGGUUGACCAUGUUUUAAGACAAAUGGUUGAAACUUUGCCCUCUUACCUCAAAGAUACGACGGACGCACUUCGCAGACUAGAGGGGAUUCACAUGGAUCCGGACAUGAUGGUGGUGACCUGUGACGUAGAAUCUCUAUAUACGUCGAUUCGACACACAGAUGGAAUGGAGGCAGUGAAGAGGUUCUUUCAGAUGUCAGAAUUUGAGGAAUCUAUAGAAAACCAACUUCUACAAAUGCCCUCCUUCAUGCCAACUCUUCCCAUCCAACCAAACUAAUACAGAGUAUUCCGACCGGGCAGUUCCUACGAAUUCGCUGGAUCUGCUCCACCAUGGAAACAUUUGAAUGUAGAGCCAAAGAAUUAAGUAUGAGAUUUAGAGAGCGAGGCUACAACGAAAGAUGCAUCAGGAAGGCAUACAAACGGGCCAAAUAUACGAAUCGUGACCUUCUCCUCCAGACCAAACCCCCAAAAGGACGGGACAACCAGGUGAGGUUCAUUACUAUGUAUCACUCACAAUCAGACCAAGUUCGCAACAUCUUGGCAAAGCACUGGGACAUCCUAUGCUUAGACCCCACACUGUCACUGUAUCUGCAACCACAUCCCUCCAUUACGUAUAAGAGGGCACCGAACCUCAGGGAUAUGCUCGUCCAUAGCCAUUAUGGGGGCAAACAACCACCAAAACUAUUUGGAUCCAAAGGUCCACAGUGGGGAUGUAAACCAUGUGGAUCCUGUGUGGCAUGCCCGAAUAUUCUCCUAAGCAAUAGCUUCCUUGAUUCUAGUGGGAUAAAAGAAUAUAAGAUCACACAU